AUGGCAUCCUCACCACCGCGGGCGCAAGAGCCCGCCCUCGCGACGACAAAACGCAAGUUUGAUACGCUGCUCGACAGGCUGCAAAAUGCGAGCGCUUCGACCACCUCCCUUGCCAACACCCUCCGCGAGUCCAACGGCUCCACCGCUUCAUUCACCAUACCCGCCACACCCGAACCUGCCUCGAAGCGGAAUCGACUCUCAGACAUUGGCAUGGAUCGCUCGCGGCAGGUGUCCGGCAGCGAACGGAUACAGCAGCUGAAGUCACAGCUCUUGACGCCGCGCAAAGAGGGUCUCGACAAGGCCAGCAGUCCCAAAGGCAGCCCGAGUGGACUGCGUGUGGUGGGACAGCACCAGACAUCAGUCAAAUCGACCACGCCACGCAAGCCGGCAAACUACCAGCCAUACAGCCAGGAGCAGUUCCUUGCCCGACUGAAAACCUUCGCCGACGUGAAGAAGUGGACCAACAAGCCGGAUGCUAUUGACGAGGUCGAGUGGGCAAAGCGCGGCUGGUCGUGCGAUUCUUGGAAUACUGUGGCGUGCAAGGGGGGCUGCGAGAAGAGGCUCGUCGUAAGGCUGCGGCCCAAGAGGAAGGACAAGGAUGGCAAGGAGCUGGACAUGAGCGAGGAUCUCACAGUCGAGGUCGAGCCUGCGUUGGUGGACAAGUACCAGGAGCUCAUCGUAGACGCACACCGCGAGGACUGUUUAUGGAAGAAGCGCGGCUGUCAAGACGAUAUCUAUCACAUACCAAUACCGAACCGCGCGCAGAGUACAGCCGACCUCCUCGCUCGUUAUCAAUCCUUCUUGCCCAUCGUCAACGACCUGCCGAUCCUCGAGGACCUCAUAUACCCUGACCCUCGAAUAGAGGACUUGCUCAAGCGCGUGCCUACCUCUUUCUUCACCCUUCCUGGCUCCGAGAUAUCCGCAAGUCCUCCCGCAACACCCUCAGAGAUAGUGUCGUUCUUGUUUGCCGUCUUUGGCUGGAAGGGCGUUUCGGAGACCAAGAUAUCAAUGGCAGUCUGCAGUCACUGCCACCAGCGUGUCGGCCUGUGGCUUGUGAACAAUGACCGGCUCAAGGAGAUGAGCAAGAAGCUGGGCGUGCCUAUAGAGACCCUGCGCCUCAACCUGGUCGAAUCGCACCGGGAGCACUGUCCGUGGAAGAACCCCAACACUCAGCACAACCCGACCGACGGUCCCAUAGCGAACAUGGCUGGUUGGCAAACCCAAGAGUUCAUGUUGCUGGGUACGAGGAGAGAGAGGAAGGAACGGGAGCCCACGCACACAAGGAAUAUAGAGAGUGUGGAUCUAGGGAGUACUGUCUCCUAUCCGCGAGGCAGCACUGAAAGCGUGAGACCGGAUAAGGAGGAUGAGGACAAGGAUUUGCAGUCAAAGUGGAAGAAGCUCAAGGCUAAGCUGAAGAGGACGGCCUCGAAGAAGAGCUUGAGGAGCACCAAGAGUGUCAAGAGUACGAAGAGCGCGAAGAGUGUCGCUGAGAAAGAGUAG